AUGCUCAACUAUACUCUUACAACCUUUAGUUAUGGAUUGUUAUUUAUUUUUGCUUAUCUCCUUUUGCCAUUCCUUCAUGGCCAUUUAAGCACUGAACCAAUUCAUCAAAUAUUAGUAUGGUAUUUAUAUGAUUCUUUAAAAUAUCCAUUACUUUCUCUUUUUAUUGCCUUUAUUUUGGCAAUCAUUUGUAUUGUUCAUGGUGAAACUCAAUGGAAAGAAGUGUCAAGUGGGAUGUAUCAAAACUUAAGUUUAGACUAUUCAGAACGAUUUCUCAUUUCUAUUGUUCUUCUUCUUUCUUCUUUUGGUUUAAUUGAGUUAUGUAUAACGUUUCCUAAGGCAAUUGGUAUCAUCAUCAAAACUUUAUUUGGUACAACACCUGUUAGUGUAAAAGCAAGUGAAAUACAAGAUGAAAUUCGAGACCUCAACAAACACCAAAUGAUUCUUAUUGAUAAACAACAAAAAGGUGAACUUUUAAGAGAAGAAGAGUUAAAUGAAUUACAAUCAUUUAGUAACAAAGAAAUGCAAUUACAACACAAAUUUAAGCAAGUCCUCAGAACUAAAACUAGAAGAGAAAUUUUUCAAGCAAUAGGAAUUUUUAUUGGUUUUGUUAUUUGUGUUAGUAUUAUUAUUGUUGGUAUUUGUAUGGCUAUUGAUGGAGUGUCUUUACCAAAACGAUCUGAAUGUGGUAUUUUAUGUGGAUUUUGGGUAAAUGAACGUGGUGUAUUUGAUGAGAUUAUUUCAAUGUUUGGUGUGUUUGCACCAUGGGUUUAUGGAAUUUCAACAAUCAUUUUAAUGCUUAUUCAUUGUCUUGGAAUUUUUUGUAGUAAACAAGAAAAUGGAGGAUUUAAACUUGAAUUUAUUUCUUUGAGAAAACGAGACUAUAGCAAAUUAGUAGAAGUUAUUGGACUUUUAUUGAUUGGGUUUGGAGGAGUCCCUUUGUUACAGCAUAUUAUCAAUCCAAAUUUAUACCUUAACACUCAAGUUGAUAUUUAUAAUAUUGGUCAACUCCAUUUCCCAUUCUUUGGGAUUUUCCUCGCAAUUAUUCGUUGGGUUUUUAUUUUGAACUUUUUUAUUUCUAUAAUUUAUGCUUUUGUAUAUAAUAAAGCAAAUGAAUCUUCUACUACAAUGGACGACUUGGUUAUUCCUUUCUAUCUAAGAUAG